CCGCUCCGCUGCUGGCUGGCUGCAGUGGGCCCCGCGGGCUGAGCCACCCGCCGCACACCGCGGAGGUGCUUGGGGACAAACCAGGGCGCUCAAGGCUGCGCUGGGCGGACCCGUGGCGGGCAGCGUUCUCACCUCUCCUGGCCAGCAGCUGCCGCUAGCUCGGGCCCGUGGCCCCUCUGCCUCAAGUCUGGGAGCUCCGGGCCUCACCCUGCCGCUGCCUAUGGGGAUCCGAGAGUUUCCCGGCGGCGCACCCAGGGGCAAAGGCAUCGCCAUUGGCAUGAGGAGGUCACCGGACGUCAGCCCUCGGAGACUAUCCGACAUCAGCCCCCAGCUCCGGCAGCUCAAGUACUUGGUGGUAGACGAGGCGAUCAAGGAGGACUUGAAAUGGUCGCGCUCGGUGGAGGAUCUCACUAGCGGGCCAGUGGGACUCACCUCCAUCGAGGAGCGGAUCCUGCGCAUCACAGGCUACUAUGGCUAUCAGCCCUGGGCAGCGAGCUACAAAAGGGAGGAGCGCCCCCGGGAGCCCCCCGGCCUGGCGGAGGCCCAGGCGCCGGGCGGGGCAGAGGCCAGCGGGAGGACCAGCCGCCGACGCUGCACAUGCUCGCGGGCGCAGCUGCACAAGACCUUCUGGGGCGUGGCUGUGGUGCUGUGCGUGUGCGCCUCCUGGGCCGGCUCCACGCAGCUCGCCAAGCUCACCUUCGCCAAGUUCGACGCGCCCUUCACCCUCACCUGGUUUGCCACCAAUUGGAACUUUUUGUUCUUUCCGUUGUACUACGCGGGGCAUGUCUGCAAGUCCACCGAGAAGCAGUCUGUGAAGCAGAGAUACAGGGAAUGCUGUCGAUUUUUUGGAGACAAUGGCUUGACUUUGAAGGUGUUUUUUACCAAGGCAGCCCCUUUUGGUGUUCUUUGGACACUCACAAACUACCUGUACUUACAUGCAAUAAAGAAAAUAAACACUACGGAUGUGUCGGUGUUGUUCUGCUGCAACAAAGCUUUUGUGUUCUUGCUCUCAUGGAUCGUUCUCAGGGACAGGUUCAUGGGAGUGAGGAUUGUGGCUGCCAUCCUGGCCAUUGCCGGCAUUGUGAUGAUGACCUACGCUGAUGGAUUCCACAGCCACUCUGUCAUUGGCAUAGCCCUGGUGGUGGGCUCUGCAUCCAUGUCGGCCCUCUACAAGGUUCUGUUCAAGCUUCUGCUGGGCAGUGCCAAGUUCGGGGAAGCCGCCUUGUUCCUGUCCAUUCUGGGUGUGUUUAACAUCAUCUUUAUCACCUGCAUCCCCGUCCUGCUCUACUUCACCAAGGUGGAAUACUGGAGCUCCUUUGACGACAUUCCAUGGGGAAACCUUUGUGGAUUUUCAGUCCUCUUAUUGACAUUCAAUAUUGUAUUAAAUUUUGGAAUCGCCGUGACGUAUCCCACUCUGAUGUCUCUUGGAAUUGUCCUCAGUGUACCUGUGAAUGCAGUGGUUGAUCAUUACACCAGUCAGAUCGUCUUCAACGGGGUCCGGGUCAUCGCCAUUAUCAUCAUCGGCCUGGGUUUCCUCCUGCUGCUCCUGCCGGAGGAGUGGGACGUCUGGUUGAUCAAGCUGCUCACCCACCUCAAAGUGAGGAAGAAGGAGGAGACAGUGGAGGGCGGGGCUGACCUGGGCUCAGGACCCCAGAACAGGAGCAGGAGAGCUCGCCCUUCCUUUGCGCGCUAGGGCCUCUCCUCUGGGACUCUGGGGCUGCCCCCACAGUGAUGAUUUGGAAGCCUGUCCCUGACAGGAGGAGCCUCUGUUUGGUAAGGUGUACAUACCUGUACAGUUUUGGUAACUGCAGUAAGUCCUAAGGUAUUUAUUGGCAUGUCCAAUUUGCUUGCACUUUUCCACAUCAGACCUUCACUCAAGGGCACCGAUUCAAUAAGGAAGAGAAGGAACCUCAGCGCUUUCCCAAUGAAUGUAAAGCGGGUCACCAAGAGCCUUGUAUUGAUUGUUUCUGACGACAGGUGUGCUUAACAAGCCAGGGCAAAUGUUUCGAAUCUUAGCAACUGAAAAUGACAUUGUACACUGUGAUUAUUUUUCAGCUACAGUAGGUUAUAUUUUGUUUUAUACCAGAGCUGUACUCUUAAUUUUAAGGAAUUUCAAUGAACCAAAAGACAACUGUCAGUUAAUCCGGAUAGAUGAGUGGAUGGGUAGCUGGGUGGACAGAUGAAUAGAAGGGUGAAUGGAUACAGAGUUGGUUACAUGGAUGGGUGAAUAGGUGGAUGGGUGAGUGGAUGGGUGGCAGGAAGGGUAGAUAGGACAAUGGCAUUGGAAGAAGUGAAGCAGAAAAGGAUAAUGGACAUGACAACCAUCAGAGGCCUGCACCAGGUCACGAAGGGGAAAGGGAAGCCCAGCCUUUGCUGGCCUGCUCUCUCGUGUCUUCAUAGAUCAUACAGGAGGAUUUACAGUGCCUUCUACAGAAUUUUUGUCUUUACCUAUGUGACCCAAGGUGACAUUCUAAGUCACUGGCGCCGUCUUAUAAUUUAGAUGUAAAAUCUUUAGAAAAAAAAAAAACUAUCUGUGUGUGUGUACAAAAAAUGACAAAGCUGGUGACCAAUGUCCGCGGAGCCUGGUUAGAGGGGCACAACUCGCCUGUUAAGGUAGACCAUGUGGAAAGAGAGCCGCGGGUGGCUUUUACUUCCAGACCAGACUGAAAACUUAUUUACCGAAUCUGCAAACCUUUUUAUGAAAUUUUAAGCACCAGGCUGUUUACUUACACAACUUAGGUCUGCCAGACAAUUCUAUCUGUGAUAGAUUUGUAAAGAGGGAUGGGGUUAGAGUUUACUAUUUUUGAAGUUUACAUUGUUAUCUAUGAAAUGGAAGCAUUAUUUUGAAACGUUGUCAUAACCCAAUGGUGCAUUCUGUAACCAUGGAGUCUUUUGUUUCCUGGGGGAAGGGGCAUUCAUGAUCUGAACUUUUUAGCAAAUUAUUAUUCUCAGUUUCCAUUACCCGUUUGGCCAAACAGAUUAAUAAAAUAUUUGAAAAAGAA